UAUUUUCUCAUCAACCAAACACCCGCGUCUCCCUAAACUCUCCACCACCACAACCAUAUUUCAUAUCAAUAUAUACAUAUAUAAAUUAUAAAAAGGGAGAAUGAAAUAAUGGUGGGAUUAAGCGUAGUUUUGGAAAAACAAAAUAGUGGUACUAAUAUAAUUAGUAAAAAGAACCCACAAGUUAUCAGCAAAACAAGCAUGCUAAUCACCACCAUCACCGGCGGCAGCGGCGGCGGCGGCGGAGGCAAAGUUUCUUUUGUAAAUUCCCAGUCAAACUACGCAGUUUCUCCUUUUCUUCAGCAAUGCUUCCUUUGCAAACGAAAACUCUUACCUGCACAAGACAUCUAUAUGUACCAAGGAGAUAGGGGCUUUUGCAGUGUGGAGUGUAGGUGCAGGCAAAUUAUGAUGGACGAAGAAGAGACAUUAAAGAAAGAAAAGUGUUCUUUUGCAGCCAUGAAACCUUCUUCCUCUUCUUCUUCAGCUGUUCGUCGCCGCCAUGAAAGUGGAAGAAGCUGAGGCGGCGGUUCUGGUUAUUGAAAAACAAAAAACGAGCCGCCAUGAACGGAAGAAGAAUGGUUUUUGUUUGGUUUUGUUGUUAAAACUGUUGUGUUUCCUAAUGUUAUGUUUUGCUAAUUUUGUAAUGAAAAUGUUUAAUCUUC